AUGAUGAUAUGUAAUGUGAAGUGUGCAGUGCCCACUUUACUAAAAAGGUCAUUCAGUUCGACGAUUGUGAUAAGAAAUUCGGUGGUUACCACUGGAGCUACUAGUGAUGAGGUAUCUCAUUUUAAAGAUUUGGCACCUACUUGGUGGGAUGUAAAUGGAUCCCAGGCCAUCUUACAUAGAAUGAAUCUGUCGCGAUUAGAUUUUAUACAGAGGACGUUAAGGAAUUCAAUCCCUUUAACUAGUGGAAAGCCAGUAGAGGAGGGGAAAGAGGAGGAUAUUUAUGUUCCCGGGUUCAAUUAUAAGGAAUUCUUCCCAGAACAAGUCACAGAAGCUGUCCGUGAUGAUAUUAAUGAUUCUGUCAAUGCUCAUUUGAAAAAUAUGAAGUUGACAGUGCUGGAUGUUGGAUGCGGUGGAGGGAUUCUUUCGGAAUCAUUGGGGAGGUUACCAUUCAUUAAGCAUGUCACUGGUAUUGAUUUGACACCGGAGUGUAUAACUGUUGCCAAGGGUCAUUCUCAAUUGGAUCCCAUGUUGAAAGGAAAGAUAUCAUAUCAGUUGAAAUCUUUGGAAUCUACCAAGGGGAAAUUUGAUAUGAUUACCUGUUUUGAGAUGCUAGAACAUGUGGAUCAACCCAUGGAAAUCUUAAACCAUUCAUGGAAAAGAUUGAAUGAAGACGGUAUCUUAUUUUUAAGUACUAUUAAUAAGAGUCUUGUUUCCUGGUUCACUACGAUAUUUGUUGCUGAGGAUAUAUUGAGAUUGGUACCAAGAGGGACGCAUCAUGUAAAUAAGUUUGUUAAUGCUAAGGACAUCUUGAGAUGGUUUCAAAAUAACCGAAUGGGAGAAUUUGAAUUAUUGGACUUGAAGGGUGUCAUGUAUAUCCCGACGAAAGGGUGGUGUGAACAUAAUUGUUCAGAUGUGGGGAACUAUUUCAUGGCUAUUAGGAAAAUCAAGACUAAGAAUAAUAAUUCUGUAUAA